GGUUCACGGGAUGCUUCCAUUCCAGGGAGGAGGGGGGCUCUCGGCGCCUGCGCAGUGCAGUGCUUCGUUGGGCCUGCGCAGGGGGAUGGCGGCACCGUGGCUGGGCUGGGAGGCGCCGGGUCUGGCGCUGCGGGGCCUGGCCUGGCUAGGGCAGGAGUUCGCUGCCGACUGGGCGGCUCAAGACCUGCGGGCCGCGCUCUUCCAGCUGCUGCUGGUCUGGCUGGGCCUCAGCCUGCUGGGCAUCCACCUAGCCUGGCGGCUCCAUGGAGGCCGCGUCAGCCGCCUCUGCUGCCGUCCAGGCAGAGGCGGCCAGAAUGGAGGGACUCCCGCUGGUACCUCAUAUUUCCCCACCUGGGACAGCUCAAGCAAUGAGGCUGUGAAGACGCACCGAGAAUGAGGCGUGGACGGAUACACUGGUGGGCAGGGGCAUACCUGGGACAGCUCCACCCAUGGACUCCAGCGCUUCCAGCCAGGGAAACUGGCUUUGCACCUUCACUGUGUUGGAGAUUGCAGCCAUGUCAUCUGUGGGCUAGCUCUUGGCUAGCAGGGAGCUAUACAGCCAGCUGGCCUGUGCCCAUCCCAGCUGGACUCUGCACAGUCACUCAGGCAGGGCAAGCUGCCAUGUCACCCCUGUGGUCACUUCUGGGGGCAUCUGCACUGCCCCAAAAGCACAUCAGCCCUUCCCCAUACCUGCCCCAGACAAAACAGGCUCCUGUAGCGGCCAUAGGCCUGUGUACAUGGGGGUGGUGUAUAGUCAGUGCCUCAGUUGUCCUCGUGCCCAGCUUAAAUCCUCCCCAAGCACAUGCCUCUGAACGCCUCCCUCCAACUCUUGUCCACUGCUACCCCCACCACUGAUGAGCCAAAAUCCUUCCCGUCCCCCAGCCCCUUCCCGGGAAAAUUGCCUGAACCCCGUUUCCCUGCUGCCAAGCCUCUUCCUCUGCCCUCAGGGACUAUGAGACUCAUGCACCUGUACCACUUGCUGCCCUAGUGGGCAAGGUUGGAGGUCCUGCUCCCUGCUGCUAGAAUUCCUGUGACCCUGGCCCCUGGGGCAACUACAGCUGCUCUUCAGAGGGGCGGGAUUCUGCUCCUGGGCAUAGGGGAGAUGCAGGGCAGGAUGGCAGCGCUGUCCCACUGGUUACAUGGUGUGGGAGCAGAGAGCUGAGCUGCCCAUCUGCCUGGGAUUAGGUGGUGUGGAGGGCCUUUGGGCAGCACCAGGCUGCUCUUGCCCUGCACCGUGUCUCAUAGCAGUGUUGGAAUGAUAGCCUACUGGCACCUGGGCAGCAACGCACUGCACGUGCCAUCUGCCUGGGCCAGGUGAGGCCUUCCUAGGCCAGUGGCUCUGCCAAGGUGCCAGCCCUUAGGAUCAGAGCAGGAACAGCAUGCCCAUGGCAAACCCAGCCUAGGGGCCAGGGUGCCCCUUAGAGCAGUAGGAAUAGCUGGCCCCAGGUACUUCCAGCCACACUCGCUCACUGCAGGUGGAUCUCGAAGCCCAGGAGGGGGCAGGGCUCAGAGGCAGCACCUGCAUAAUGCCCUGGCAGGCACAGGGUGGCACAACUGGGCUUGGAGCCUGGUACCUGUAUUGCAGGCCAGGCCCUUAGUCCCAGGGCCACCUACCAUCCUUCUGCACUCUGCCAGGCCCUGGCUGAGGGCUCCUGUGACCUGCUGGCUGGAUUAAAUCCCUCUGCUGUGA